ACUCGCACUCUAAUCUAACGUCUCUCUCUAACUAUCUCUGUCUCAAUAAAGCGGGAGCCACGAUGAGCGGCCCGACAAAUGACGAUAUGUUGCCGGCAAUUGUUUCUUUGGUGCAAGAGCCGCAGCAAUGGGGCGGAAGAAGCUGGCCAUGAAGCAAAUCGAGGACAAGAGCAAGCGCCUUGUCACCUUCUCCAAGCGUCGGAGCGGCCUCAUCAAGAAGGCCAACCAGCUCUCCGUCCUCUGCGACGUCGACAUCGCCCUCCUUGUCUUCUCCUCCUCCGGAAAGCUCUACAAGUUCUCCAGCUCCCCUGACAGUUUGAUCAAUCUCGUAAAGCAUUAUCGGAAUCAGUUGGGUGAAGCAGAGGAAUUGGAAGCUGUCAAGAUCACGGAGAGCUGCCAAUCAGAAAUUGCUGCAGAGCAGUCCCACGCGGAUUUGCUCAAGAUAGUACAAAGACAGGUGGGCGGGCCAGCAAUUGACCUGUUGGGUGUGAAUGAUCUUAUGCAACUGGAAAAGCAACUUCAUUCAGCUCUGGACAAAGUUAGAUCGAAAAAGACACAGCUGAUGUUGGACUCGCUCACUGCGCUUCAUCAACAGCUGAUACAGUUCCAUCUCUUCGACCUAACAAACAGGAGAGGGAUCAGAAAGAACAGCACGGGCAACUCAACAAGGAGAUUGCCGUGCUAGUGAGCAACGAUGAUCGCUUCAAGGGAUUCCGCAGGGACCUUAAUGUACCGAUAGAUGGAGAUCGCGGCGAGGCAACCCCUCAUCUGCUGCAGUGGUAGAGACCUGGAGGUUACGAUAAUCAUGCAACAAUGAAUACUACAUAGUAAAUAAGCAGGGCCCUGGGAUAGGUUACACAACCUGAGGGUCUCCUAACAUAAAAUGAAAAACCGACCGCGAACUUCAAGUGGCACAUAACAUCUAUCUGGUAUGUACCUCGAAGUUGUAAUAUCAUAAGUGAUUCUCUAGUUGCUUUGGUCUGGUUUAAAGUCCAGCUUCACACAC